CUAUCGCAAUAUAUUAUUUUCAAAACAAUUUGUUAACAACUGUUGAACGAGGAAUACCGAAGAAAAGUGGUCGCUUGUAACAAAAUUAAUAAAUUGAACAAAUAGUGUAAUAUACAAAAGAAAACAUUUCUUAAUUCUCCUACAAUAUACGGAAAAAAUAUAUGGAAUAUCAAAAUGAAAAGAAAAAGAUCAGAACUCGUGAAAUAAAAUUUUCAAGACAAAAAUCUUUACUAGAAUAUAAAAAAGAAAAGUCUUAAAAUCAUGAAAAAUUAAAAAAGAAGAAGAAAAAAAAACAAAUUGAAAAGACGAGAAAAAAAUUUUUUGGGUGACACAUAAAAGUGAAACUAUCCGAGUCAAAAAGUAAAUAAAAAGUCACAGUUAUAAUUGGCAGAAAAAAUACCUAAAAAAGCAGGGAUAUUGUGGUUUUGAAAGUGAAGCACUUAAUUAUAUAUUUAAAAUCGUGAAGAUUUAGAAUUUGGCUUUCACUGGAAUAUUUCAAUUUAAUUCGAAAGCCAUGGAAUCACCUCAGAUGUACGACAAUAAUCAAAACAACAUACAAAUGACUGGACAACAGACGAAGUCUAAUGGUCAAAAUAAUACCAAUAAUCAAAAUAAUAACAACAACAAUCCAAUCACAAUUAACCAAAAUUUAAAGAACGAUCAUAUCAAUGGGCUAACAAAUAGCGCUGCCCUCCUACAAAAGCAAAUUCAACAUCAUCCUCAACAAGUUCUUCAACAACAACAGCAACAAAUUCAACACGUUGCACAGCAAUAUUCACAAAACGAUCUCGAAGAACUUACAAACCCUGAGAUUUCUCUUGAUUUGGCAAACUUUAUUGACGAUCAGUUUCGAAGUGAACAAGAACAGUUUGCGUUCUUUAACAAAGUAGUACCAGCCGUUGUAAACGGUGUAAAUGGCGUAGUUAAUGGUGUAAAUGUUAAUGGAUUAGUGCAAUCUGAAGCAGCUAAAGCACUCCAACAAGCAAGGUUUCAACAUCGACAAAAUCCGGGAAAUGCACUUGCCUACAUGCCCGGAUGUGUUACAGGCAACACCGACGAUGCAUCUACGUCUGAAGCUAACAUUAAGGAAGAACCUGUCGAUCCGAUAGAGCUAAGGCGACUGCAGCAACUUACAGCAAAUGGACAGUUUUUGAAUGGAAAUUAUCAAUUUCCGAAUGUUAAUAGUAGUGGAACUACAUUUACUGCUCUAACACCCGCUUCUGUUCUUCACCACCAACCACAUGUUCCAGGUUUGAAAUCUCACUUAACAAAUUUCCAAAAGCUCAACAAAAACCUUGUACACAGCCGCAAGCACUCGAUGAAAAAUCUCGACAAGGGUACGGAUGAGUAUCGUCGUCGUCGAGAGCGAAAUAACAUUGCUGUAAGGAAAUCUCGUGAAAAAGCGAAGAAGCGCGCUCAUGACGUUGAAAAAAAGCUGAAAGAUUUACAAAAAGAAAACGAGAAUCUAAGACGAAGCGACGAUGAGAAAACAAAUGUAAUUCUUUUAUAUAAUCAGGUCUUCAUGCGUUUGACAAAUCAUAGCAAUCCUGAAAUAAAACAGAUUGUUUCGCUCGAAUUGAAUUCGAUGAAUAUGCAAUGUGAUCAAGGCAUGCAAAAUAUGCAAAAUUCUCUUCUCCAUAAUGGUUAUAAAGAUUCUUAGGAAAGAAAAUAUAUGGAAAGCAAUAAUUUGAUUAGAACAUUCUAAGUGUUCAGGGUAAAACUGAGUACAUGUUUUGGAUCGGAAGAUCAUUGAUCAUUAGCUCUAUUAUAGGUACUAAGCUCAUUUAGAGAAAUUUAAGCGAAACCAAUCGUCUCAACCCGUCCGGAGCAUUAUAUUUAGCUUUAAGUUGAAUAGGUUUUUUGUGCGAAUAUCUAAAUAAAAAGAAAACUAGUGACUUUAAUCAGUUGCAAAUUCUAAGGAAAAGUUUUAUUAUGAUUUCUUUGUCUUUGAAAAUACUUAUCGCUUUCCUGAUUUAUAACAUAAAGAAAGAACUUAACCAAAGACUUAAAGCUCUAGAUUUGAAAUAAAAUUUCUUUUUGAUACAGUUUUGCAAUGGCAAUGAAAAUAUUAUGCUCACUCCAAAGAAGCCUUUCUUUUUGUAAGAAUAACAUGUUGCAUGUUACUUGAAAAUCAAAUAUUUCUGGAAAUAUUCGGUCGCUUUAUAAGUUCUUUAAAUCUUUUUUUUUUAUCUUGCACAUUUAAUAUUAAAGUUUUACUUAUGUUUAAAUUUAACGUCUGUUGAUUUUGUUACCUAUUAAUGAAAAGAUGGUUUAUAACUAAAUGAGAAUUUCUUUUUUUUUUAUUUUUUUACAAGUGAUCACGUGAAGCUGGACAAUCGUAAAAAUUAAAAUUGUUUUCAUUCGCUUAUGAACCCAUCUUUUUAUAUUUAAAAAAUGUCUAAAUUUAAAAAAUCAAUUUUUAAUUAAAUUAAAUAAAUAUUUAAUGAUUUGAUCGCUUUCUUAUUUUUCGAGCCCAAUUUUAUAAUGAGCACAAUUUAUUUUAGGACUUAAUAAUUCUUACCGAUUAGUUCUUUGAAUUUUACGUUAAUGUAGAAAAUAUUUAGGAACUGAAAUUUUCACAAUAAAUAGUUAAUGAAGACA